AUGCCACGUAAGCUACGUAAGAAUAUACAUAAGAGGAAGGGAGCAUUGAAACAUCCAAUAGUAAAACUGACACCACAACAACAGUUGCAACAACAAAUGAUGAAUGACCCCACUAUGUUGCAACAAAUGUCAAGCAACCCUAUGCUUUUAAACCGAGUUAUUGGUGCACAGAGUGGAGGUUUAAGAGCGGCACUUUUAGCGAAAAUGGCAGGCUAUGGUGGAGCUGCAGACGGAACAGCUUAUAACCCUCAAAGUCAAAUGAAUUUGAGUUCACUCAAAAAUCAAAUAUCAGAUGUCAAAAAGUCAAACAUAGACAUACAGAAACAAAUAAGUGAAAACGAAAAGAAACUAGAAUAUGACAGACACACAAAGAAACUCAAUGAGUUAAACGUAGAGAAAAAGAAGAAAGAAGAACAACUGAAAGAACUAAGUACAGAGGAAUAUGCGAAAAAAGUGUCAGAAAAAGCAGCAGAAGUAGCAAAAAUGGAACAAGAUGUUAUAAAUUUGAAAAACCAUACUACUCAAUAUAAAGUACUGAAAGAUGAAGAGAUAAAACAAAAAGCCAUGAAGACAUAUAUGGAUAGCGAUGAGUAUAAAAAAGAAGUUGAAGCAAAUGUAAAGGCAGAAAAACUUUUACAGUUGCAAAACCAAACCGUACAGUAUGAAAACUUAGCACAAGAAAGUAAAAAUAACGACGCAGCCAUGCAAAAGGCAAUGAAAAGCGCAGAAUAUAUAAAAGCUAAUAAUGACUGGUUAGAUGCCCAAGCCAACGCCAAAGCAGCCCAACUUAUAGGGUCAAUAAGGACAAAAAUACAAGCGGAUGAAGACAGUUCAAAUGAAGCCUUAAUGAAUGCUGACUUUAAGAAUGCCUUCGAAGCUCUUCAUAGUAAGGUGAAACAAGUGAACGAUUUCUCAUCUGGAAAGAAACUGAAGUCUGAAGGUUUCGACAAAGAGUUAAGAGAAGUAGCACAAAAUAUGACGAAAAUAACAGAUGCAGCAACGAGACAGGCAGUUCAAAGUGCCUAUGACGCCGUUAGAGCAACUGUUGUGGAAAGUCAAGAAAAAGAGUUACAACAGACCAAAACAGACCUAGUAAAUGCUUUCUUAAAAACGAAAAGUCAGGUAGGACAUUAUGCUGCAGAUGGAACAUAUGUACCAGCUGGUGGAACUUAUAUACCAGCUGGUGGAACUUAUAUACUAGCUAGUGGAACUUAUAUACCACCAAACCCUCCAAGAGAAGCACCCGCACCGGGACUACCUAAAACAUUUACAUCGUCACAUGGACACAGACACAGGCAUGCACCAAAACCAACACAACAACCAACAGUUCAAAAUCCAGCACCACAACAACCAACAGUUCAAAAUCCAGCACCACAACAACCAACAGUUCAAAAUCCAGCACAGCAACCAACAGUUCAAAACCCUGCACAACAACAACCACCUCCACAACCAGCACAGCAACCAACAGUUCAAAACCCUGCACAACAACCACAAACAGAGCAAGGACAUAAAAGAAGUAGAGAAAAAUGA